AUGGCGAUCCUCGAAUGGCAGGCACGCUUUGUGAAUCAUGAGGUUGUUGGUUUCGGUUUGAUUCGGCUUGCUUGCGAGGAGGCGGCGUCAGCGUCAAACGUCGGGGAUAGUGUGAAGUUGGGUAGAGGGAAGAAGAUGGAGGUGAAUGCGAACUCGGCGCGGCAGGUCGAGUUACAAUCGGCACCACACUUGUUCGACGUUUUGUGA